GUGGGUGUCGUGUGGAUUUGUGGCAGGAGGCACAACUACAACACAAACACAGACACAGACACAGUACUUGUAACUCAAAAUCCUCUCUUCAAUUCAUCACCACACUCCCAAUCUCAACAACGAUUCACUUCAAGCUUCUAUCAUUUUCAAAUCACAGUACUUUCCAUUCUUCAAGAUUUGGACAGAGUGCAUGUGAAUCAGGAAACCAUGACUUCUUCUACGCAUGAUCCCACAGAUAACGAGGCCGAUGGACAGGAGCAGUCAGAAUCACAGUUGCAGCCUAUAUCUGCAAAUGGAAUUUCUCAUGCUGGUAUAGAUACUCAGGUUGUUCAGUAUGGACCACCUCCACAGCUUGGCCCUGGACAUGCUAUGGUUCCACCUGCUUAUCCGUAUCCGGAUCCCUACUACAGAAGCAUGUUUGCUCCCUAUGAUGCACAAGCUUAUCCGCCACAGCCCUACGGUGGACAUCCAAUGGCCAAUCUUCAGCUAAUGGGAAUCCAGCAUGCAGGUGUUCCUUUGCCAACUGAUGCAGUCGAGGAGCCCGUGUUUGUCAAUGCAAAACAGUAUCAUGGUAUUUUAAGACGCAGGCAGUCUCGUGCUAAAGCUGAAUCAGAAAAGAAAGUUACAAGGAACCGGAAGCCAUACUUGCACGAAUCGCGACACUUGCACGCACUGAAAAGAGCAAGAGGAUGCGGAGGUCGGUUCCUGAAUUCAAAGAAAGACGAGAAUCAACAGGAAGAGGUUGGAUCAGCUGACAAUUCACAUUCCAAUAUCAAUCUCAAUUCUGAUAGAAAUGAUCUCGCACCAUCUGAUAAAAAUUCUUGAAAAAAGUCAAAAAAAUGGUGAUGCUAUGAAUAUCAUGAGACAAAUCACCAACCAACAGCAACCUCAGAUAUAUCUUUGCUGAUGAUGUUUCAUUGUGGCAGUGUACAAUCCCAUAUGUAUAGGUAUAGGUUUUGUGUGGUAGCUAAAUGUUAGGGGAGGUUGCAAGACAAAGCAAGUAAAAUGUAAAAUGAAGUGAUUUAAGAUCAAAUGUUAUCUCCAAGGUGAGCCUUUCUAGUCUUUGUAGGUGAGGUGAUAGAUGAGAUUAUUAUUAUUGUAUGGCCAUUUGUUUGUACUAUUUGGUACUAUGAAGAGAUUAGAGAUUAUCAAGAGUCAUUAUGGUUUAUUUGGA